CAGAUUCCUUUCACUUUCGCUCUUUCAAGAUGGCGACCACAAUCGAAGAAUUUCCUGUACACGGACUUCUUCCCAAACGAGAGACAGGGGCAGAUCGCUUCGUGGCCAAGUAUCCCGAGUGCGAUGGACGGGGGACUCUUAUCGCGAUCCUGGAUACAGGGGUUGACCCAGGAGCGCUUGGACUCCAGACUACUUCACAUGGGAGACGGAAGAUUGUUGAUUUGAUUGACACAUCUGGUAGUGGAGAUGUGGAUACAUCAACUGUUGUUACACCAAAAGAUAAUGGUGUUAUUAUUGGUCUGUCAGAAAGACAACUCAAGAUUCCUGCUGACUGGGUCAAUCCCUCUGGAGUCUAUCAUGUUGGGAUCAAAAGCUUGUUUAGUUUGUUCCCUGACAAACUGCAACAACGGAUUAAGAAAGAGCGUAAAGAGAAGCUUUGGGACCCUUUCCACAAUUCGCGUGUUGCUGAAACCAUGAGGAGGCUGGAAGAGUGGGAUGCAAAACACCCACCUAAAAAUGCCACACCUGAUGAGAAAAUAAUUCGUGAAAGUCUCCAGUCAGAAAUAGAUGCGUUGAACACUAUGAGUAAGAAGUAUGCGGACUGUGGUCCAGCCCUGGAUUGUAUUGUGUUCCAUGACGGCGAUGGAUGGAGGGCUUGCAUUGAUACCUCAGAGACUGGGGACCUUCAAAGCUGCAAACUUAUGUCAGACUACAGAGAGUCUGGAGAAUUCGCUUCUUUUAGUGAUCAAGACCUCAUGAACUACAGUAUCAAUAUUUACGAUGAAGGAAAUACAUUAUGUAUUGUAACAACUGGGGGGACCCAUGGAACCCAUGUUGCUAGUAUUGCGGCUGGUUUCUGUGCCGAGAACCCCACCCUCACUGGGCUAGCCCCGGGAGCUCAGAUUCUUUCCAUCAAAAUUGGGGACAGCAGACUGGAUACCAUGGAAACAGGAACAGCCCUAGUGCGUGCACUAAUAGCUGCUCAUGACUACAAGUGUGAUCUAAUUAAUAUGAGCUAUGGAGAGGCGGCAAACUGGCCCAAUGCAGGCCGAGUAGUGGACUUGAUGAAUGAAUUGGUGAAUGAACAUGGAGUAAUCUUCAUCUCAAGCGCUGGCAACAAUGGCCCUGCCUUGUCAACUGUUGGGUGUCCGGGAGGAACAUCUGAGUCCAUUAUCGGCAUUGGUGCUUAUGUGUCACCUGAGAUGAUGGCCGCUGAGUAUUCUUUACUUGAAAAGCUUCCUGGAAAUCAGUACACAUGGUCUUCACGUGGACCUUCUACGGAUGGUUCCCUAGGAGUGUGCGUCACUGCGCCAGGAGGUGCUAUAGCUGCCGUACCCACCUGGACUCUCAGGGGCUCCCAGCUGAUGAAUGGCACUUCCAUGUCUUCACCAAACGCCUGUGGGGGUAUAGCUCUAGUCCUGUCUGGGCUCAAAGCCAGGGGUAUUCCUUAUUCUCCUCCAAGCAUUCGAAGAGCCCUAGAAAACACCGCACUUAGGAUGGAAGGUCUUGAUUUCUUUACCCAGGGAUAUGGGUUACUUCAGGUUGACAAGGUCUUUGACUACAUGGAACAAUACGCAGACACUCCUGACAGAAAUGUCACCUUCCAGAUCAAUUGCCAAGGCCCUCGUGGUAUCUACAUAAGACAGGCCUACCAGCUCCUCAAGCCAUAUGUGGUGACUGCCACAGUGACCCCAAAAUUCCCCGAGAUCUCAGAUCAUCAAUCAAAGCUGGGCCUGAACCUUAGACUCUCAUUGGCCAGUACUGAGCCAUGGGUGUCGUGCCCUGGCCACUUCGCGCUCAUGAAUACCCCGAGAUCAUUCAGUGUAAAGGUUGACCCGCGAGGUCUUCCCGAGGGCGCACACUAUGCUGAGAUUCGUGCGUAUGACGUCACAUGUCCUGAGCGCGGUGCUGUGUUCAGGGUCCCUGUGUCCGUCAUCGUUCCUCAUAGGGUGACGGACAUGACGCAUUAUGAAGUCUCCAUGGAAGACCGGACAUUCAAACCCGGACAAGUCCAACGGACAUUUGUUGACGUUCCCGAGGGCGCAACGUAUGCUGAGCUGAACAUCUCGUCACUUAGCGAGGAGAACAGCGCGCGCUUCAUGGUGCAUGCAGUUCAGUUAUUGCGGCUGACCGCUUUCCGUACGAAUGAGUUCUGUCAGUUUAUCACACUUGCGCCACGAUGCGAGAAGUCUCUCAGCUUUGCUGUCAAGGGUGGUGUGACGUUGGAACUGUGUGUCGCACGAUGGUGGGCCAGUCUGGGUGAUUGCCUUAUAAGGAAGUUGCUCAUCUUCCAUGGCAUGCGCCCGAGCUUGUCAGCGGUUACUGUUCACGCGAACCAGACGACACGUGUGGAUGUCACGUGCACACUAAGACCAGAAGAAGUGUCUCCAUCGGUCACCCUCAAUACGCAUGCGCAGCCUCUGAGACCCACGGAAUCCAAGAUCACCCCGCUGGCGUCACGUGACGUGUUGUUCAAGAGGGGACAGAUUUACGCGCUUAACCUGACAUACAAUUUCAACCAGAGUCGAGCAGGCGAAAUCAACCCGAAUGCGGUGUACCUCAGUGACCUGUUGUACGAAUCCGAGUACGAGUCGCAGAUAUGGAUGCUCUAUGAUACCAACAAGAGACUGCUGGGCUGCGGUGACGCCUUCCACACCCGAUACACUGCCAAGAUCGAGAAAGGAGAUUAUAUCCUCAAGUAUCAGGUCCGUCACGAUAACAGAGACCAACUGGAAAAACUUAAAGACAUGGUAGUGCUGAUCGAGACUAAACUGACCCCUACCCUACCCCUGGACGUGCAUCCUUCGCGUCUAUCCGCGAUGACGGGAGGGAAGUUCACCGCGUUCAUCAUGCAGAAGGGCUGGUGUUGGCCUGUCUUCAUCAACCCACUACCGGACGAUAAGCUACCCAAAGGUGUCAAGCCGGGACAUAUUCUGCGCGGGAAAAUCACGUUCUUCAAGAAUGAUCCAGGCAAAAAAGUGGACACGCAUCCGAUCGAGUACAUCGUACCGCUGAAUCCUGCUAAACAAAACAACAAGAUUUCGCCACAAAAGCCGGAGAAAGAUCCGGCAAUCCAACUUGCUGACGAACUACGAGACCUAAAGAUAUCUCACUUGUCGAAGGUGGAGAGCCUGUGGGAGGAGCUAGCCGCACAGCACGGAGACUGGGUUCCAUUAUACACUCAGAGACUUGAAGCGCUGAACUCACAAAAGGAUCGCUUGAAGAAACUAGAUGAGAUUGUGGAAACAGCGAACAAGGUCAUCAACAUGAUUGACCGCUCCGAUCUAGCAGCCUAUUACGGCAUGAAGACUGAUCCAAGACCUGAGGCUGUCAUUAUACGAAGUGAGAAGGAUGCACUGAAGAAUGCUCUUGUUGAUGCAUAUGUUAAAAAGGGAUCAGCUCUCGCAGAUCAGAUCCUCGGCACUGCAGCAGACGCUAUCGGCGGAGAUGUCGCCUCUCAAGCUGACGCCACAGAUGAGCAAACAGAAAAAUCAAAACUCCUUCGUGAGAUCCGCGAGGAGGUCCUCAAGUGGACCGACUGCACAGAUAGUAAGCUAUCAGAUUUCCUCAUCAAGUACGCGCAUGCGCAGAAGAUGUACGGCACAGCACUCAAGCUUCUUCUCAAGCAGAACUCCGAGGGCACGGCCGCGCGGGGACUGGACGACAGUAUUAUCCAGCUCUGUGAUAAGAUGGGUCUUAAGCACUGCGCCAUCGCCCUCCGUGAGAGUCUGCCGAUCAAAUAUCCCAACGAUUUCCAGCCAUUUUAACGCGACCACAGGUAACCUAGUCUCUAAGGGCCAGCGGUGAAGCGCAACUGCUCAUGUGCACCCGCCAAAAACUCAAACCAUAACAAGCCACAGCCCAGGUCGUCAACGGUCAGCGGCGAUCGGCAUCUGCACAGGCGCAAUUCAACACCAAAACAUGCUGUUGUAGAAAAUGGCCAGACUAAUGGUCAUCAGUGAAUCUUUUGCGCAUCCGGUGUGUUUCAAGACCUCAGCAGUUCAAAAUGCAAGGAUUAGUUGAACCCCCUCUCAUAUCGAAUUUGUUGCGUGGGAAGACUUGUCGAAACUUUUUAGAACAAAACUUUGGUUCCUAUGUAGAUGCUGCAGACAAGUUGACGAAAUCACUGCAUUGCAUUAUUUUCUUAUUGUGUAUAUGAACUAUUUCUAAAUUAUUUAAAUGAAAAUUAUUCCGAACAGAAUACUUCUCAGGGUGUGGUGUGAAUAAAGAUCCUUGGCAUUCA